AUGACAUGUCUUCAAGAAUUCAGUUUCUACAACUCUAAAGUGGCUAGCUCGGUUACUCGACGUCCUCGAGGGGUGCAGUGGUCAGCUCCACCUGUAGUGAUGGUCAAGGUGAAUGUGGAUGGAGCAUUCCACCACUUUACCCGCAAGGGUGGGAUCAGCUUUGUCAUAAGAAACUCGGAUGGGCAUAUGAUUGCAAGUGGGGGUCGACCCUUGUCUGGACUUGUUUCUGCAGAGCAUGCAGAGUUGUUAGCAUGCAAGAUGGCGGUGGAAUUCUUGGUUCACCACGAUUUUCGACCUGCAGUACUAGAAAAGGAUGCAUUGGUGGUGCAACGCCAACUGGUAUCCUGUAAUGGGAACAACACAUCGUUGUUGGGUCGGUUGUAUGAUGACUUGACAGAGUCUUUGGCUGUUCACACAGAUAUUGCGGUCACCUCUAUGGGAAGGCAAGCUAAUAAGGUUGCUCAUAGCCUUGCGGCUCAUGCAUGCAGUGAGAAUCAAGAUUUUUUUCUCUUUUUCCACACCUUCUUUUCUUCAAGCUGCUAUUGCAGCUGA